AUGGAAAAUAAAAAGAAAGUCAUAGCUCAAGAGCUUCACAAACCAGCACGAAAAAAUUAUACUCGUCGUCAUGUUGACAUUCGAGGACUCGAUGAAACUUGGCAAGCUGAUUUGGUUGAGAUGAUACCAUACUCUACAGCUAAUAGUGGAUAUAAAUAUCUACUCACAAUUAUAGAUAAUUUUCCGAAGUACGCUUGGGCAGUCCCAAUCAAAAGUAAAAGUGGCAGUGAAGUCAAAAGCGCUAUGAAGUCUGUGUUACAGCAUGGGCGGAAACCUAUAAAUCUUCACGUUUAUCAAGGCAAAGAAUUUUAUAAUAAAUAA